CCCCUGUUAACCAUAUACUCUCCGUUUCUAUCUCAUAUAUAAGAGACUGUGCUAGGUUACGGCUGGUUGGUAAACUUACUUCUAUUAGCCAAGACCUGCUAACCGAGCUAGCCAACAAGGUCACAAUCAUUUACUUAGAACCUUUGGCAUAACAUGGAUCAUUUCGGAUUUCCAUCCUUAGUAUUGUCUCUCAGGCGGCUUAGCAUUGUUGUUCGGGCGCCCGCCUUAUUGAACCCCAAAAGUGGCCUAGCGCCAACAGCCACCAACCGCCAACAGCCAACGGCCGUAAGACCACACUGCGAAGUUUGCCCAAAGGCGAGCGUUCCUCUUCUUGAUAGGGUAUCAAUAGAAAAACGGUAAACUUUAACUCACCUCAUCUUAGUCAUACGGGAUCGGCCGAAAGAAUGUCCGCACACUGCGGAUAUACAGUAACAAGUAGUAACAUGCUGUCCAUUAGCCACAUGUGGCGCAGGCACAGGUGUUAGUCUGAAUGCCUGUGGUUGCCUGCGGUCUAACUCGUGUCCGAGCUUACAAUGGUUAGUGUGAACGAAGGAGCGCCAUAUAUGGCCUGCGUUCAGGGACUCGGCGUCGCAUACAUCCUCAACGCUCUUCUAUUUUACUCGUUAUAAAUUAUAAUCGGCUGAUGAUGGACGAUGCCUCCCGCCCCCCAGAUCAAGUGCUGGCGCUCAUAGCACUUGAACUCGUCUUCGGCCUCGUUAGCUCAUCGUAUGGCUACAAAAUGCGACAGGCGCUGGUGCAGCGACAGAACAUACCAAAAGGAGCCAGAUGGCAUAUCCUGGGCCGCGAGACACCCGACUUCCACAAGGAGCGCCGAUACUGGGUGGCAGAUAUUGUAUUUCCAGAGAAUCUCGUUAUCCGCUUCGGUGAUUCCUUCAUGUAUAGCGGUGUACUUCCCUCUGGAAGACGAACCGAUCUGCCGCUGCCUGAUUGGGAUCCUUUGAUGAUCUACUUUCUUAACCCGACUUUCAGCUGGGCUCCUGAGCCAUUUCGAGAUACAAAUGUGUCGUUUCUUGAAAUCAGGGAAGGCAUGCGGAAAAAGAGGCAAAUUACUGCGUCGCAAGAGCUAAUCACUAUGAAGAGGAGAAUCAUGGCGGGCAUCAUGCCCAUCUCGGAGAGACGCUGGGUUGAGCUUGGACUAGAUGGCCAGGACAAAUUCGACGAAGCAUGCUCAUACAUUUGUAGCGUCAUCGAUGUAUUUCACUACUUGAACACCCCUGGUGUAAAACGCAUCUUGCGUGAGAGCUUCAACUUUGUUUGGGAAUCCAUGGACACAUUGGACAAGGCUCUCCGGGCAGCAGGCAAGGCUAUCUACAGCUCGGAUAUUUCGUUAGCAGGGUUAUGGCACGAGUACAUCAAGGACUACUACGAAUUCAUCGCGCGACGCGCCCAUCGAUGGGUGAUUGAACACAUAGAGCGCCUGCGCGCCCUGGUUCUACCACUGUUAAGCGAUAGAAUCCUAACAUAUGCCCCCACAGCCCGCGCCGUGUUGGAUUUUGUGCUAGCUGACAGGAUCCAUGAUCUCGGAAUGAGUGUUGCUCAAGCUGAUACCGACAUCUGCAUCCCCAUGGAUGGGUACCACGGCGAGACUUUACCCUCACAGGAUCACUUAGAGCCAGACACAGAAAACAAGUAUCGCAUGGAGCCGAUUCGAUUCUCUGCCAAUGCUAAAGUUCGAGAAGCGGAUUAUUUUGCGCGCGUCAAGUACAUAUUUCGAAUUGAGACCAAGCCUGACCCAAAAGCAACAGGAAGCAAGAGCGCACAAGAACAGGCUCUAGACCAGGCAAAAGCACAAGAAAUAGCUCGAAAUGAGCUUCGUGGCCCGCAGAGGCAGGACCCAGAACAAGAGCUCUGGGUGACGGCCGCCAAGCAAAGGAACAAUCCCCAGGUCAAAUAUAAAGGAUACCGGAUUAGCCCAGAACACGAUGAUGAAGAGUGGGAGAAGUUCAAGGCGAAACUUGAGGAAGAUAUGUCAGGCUGGGAAUCGGGGCUUGUCGGAGUCGAUGAAAUUCGGGAAAAGUGCAUAAUCGAAUGGAUAGACGCAAGGGACAUCGUAUCCGAACAAGAAGGCGCUUCAGAUGGGCUGUUAUCGAUUCUACGUCACUUUGGCGAGUCACAGAAGACCAUGGUAGGGUUCCAAACGGAUGCCUUUGUUGUUGCAAAUCAUGUGGUGAUCAAUUCAUACCUGGACCCGUCGAAACAUGAGAGUCGUCACAUCGUCCUUGGCGAAUCGACAAGUAGCGCAGAAGGUCGGCGGUUUGCGAGCCAAAUGGAGCCUCCUGUACUGCCACAUCCUUACCAAGGUUGGCUGCGAGUGCCGGGAAAUCUAUUUUGGGACGACUUUAUGCCAAUGCAGUUGAUGAGGGCGGAAACGAUGCCGCAACUGUGGAGGCUGACACUGGGUGAUGGGAUAUAUCGCCAUGCUUUGGGGCCAGCGUUCAAGCCUGAAGAAGAUAAUGAUGCUAGUUUAUAUGAUUAAAUUUAAACUACUGUUGCUAUAUGCCGGAUUUUGCUUUACUUUGGUUUCAAUAUAGCCCAUAGAUUUCUGCCAGCUCUUAAUAGCAUAUAAGAAGAGAAUCCAUACUGAAUAGACACAUUGUAGGCGCAACGCCACGCACAACCUCCCAUCUACCAACGCACGACGGGCCAAGUAAAGACUAUCAAGUCAUGGUACAUAUAAGAUUCACUAAAAUCAAAGACGUCUGUGUUGGGGGUUAAAAUCAAUGAAUUAAAGAGCUUCCUGACGGGCAAGAAGCCCUUGCUAACUAUGUAUUCCCCAUUUUCUAUCCACCCUGCCGAUCACCGAUUUUGCAUCGUCCAAAACCAAGACUUUGUUUUGUAUUCGGUCAGAGAAUGCCGAGAAAAGCAAAAGAAAAUGUUGAACUUCUUUCAUGUUCCCCGUAAAACGCCGAAACACACGUCGCCGCCGGCACUCGUUCGCUCUCGAUCGAAAGGUCGGCGCGCACCCGGCGGCUAGUGUUCCCUUGUUAAUGCAAAUAUCGUUUGGAGCGUGUAACCAACACGCUUUUUCUCUCACGCAAUGGAGAAGUCGUAAUAAAAUCAAAACCGCGAUUGCCCGCGUUGAGUUGUCUUUGUUGAAAGACGCCGUCUCACUCCAUAUGCCUGGUAUAUGUUAAAAAAAGAAAAAGAAGAAAGCUCUUCCUAUCGGCUUCUUCAGUAAUUAUGAACAAAAAAAGGAAAAAUCAAAAUCAAAAUAUGCCAAAGACCGCCCGUUACUUCGCCCACAUCCUUGUGGGUAAUAUGUAAAAGCAAAUAAAAAAGAGGUCGUUGAGAACCGUACGCCGCCUGUCGUUUCCUGACAAAAAUGGACAUUAAACACGUCUAUCAUUCCAGAUUUUUUAAUAAUGAAUCGUAAAGAGAGCGCUGUUGAAAGCUCUCCACAUCAUCCUUCAAAGUACUGCCAUCACACAGCGCUUAGAAGUUGAGCUUCUUAACCUGCUCCCAGGUGAAGCUCUGGUUGGUACCGAAGUGACCGUUCUUGGCGGUCUGGCGGUAGAUGGGGCGGUCGAGGCUGAGCUCGCGAACAAUGACACCAGGGCGGAGAUCAAAGUUGUUGCGGAUGAUCUCAACGAGCUGGGCAGAGGUCUUCUCGGAGGUGCCGUAGGUGUCGACGUAGAUGGAGAGGGGCUCAGCAACACCAAUGGCGUAGGAGAGCUGGACGAGGGCACGGCGGGCGAGACCAGCAGCGACAAGGGACUUGGCGAUCCAGCGGCCGACGUAGGCAGCAGAACGGUCGACCUUGGAGAAAUCCUUGCCGGAGAAAGCACCACCACCGUGGGCACCCCAGCCACCGUAGGUGUCGACGAUGAUCUUGCGGCCAGUGAGACCGGCAUCACCCUGGGGACCACCAAUGAUGAAGAGACCAGAGGGCUGGAUGUGGUAGACGGUCUUGUCAUCAAGGUACUGAGCGGGGAUGGUGGUCUUGAUGAUCUUCUCAAGGAUCUCCUUGCGGAGCUCCUCGGUGGUGAUAUCGGGAGAGUGCUGGGCGGAAACGACGACAGUGUCGACGCGAAUGGGGACAACGGCACCGUUGUCGUGCUUGUACUCAACAGUAACCUGAGUCUUGGUGUCAGGGCGCAACCAGGGGAGGGAGCCGUCGCGGCGGGCAGCAGACAUGGCAGCGUUGAGCUUGUGGGCGAGCAUGAGGGUGAGGGGGAAGAGCUCGGGGGUCUCGUCGGUGGCAUAACCGAACAUGAUACCCUGGUCACCAGCACCAAGCUUCUCGAGAGCUUCCUCGUAGUGGAGACCCUGAGCGAUAUCAGGGGACUGCUGCUCAAUGGCAACGAGCAAGUUCAGGGUCUUGUAGUCGAAACCCUUGGAGGAGUCAUCGUAGCCAAUGUCCUGGAUGGCGUCACGGACGACCUUCUGGUAGUCAAGCUUGGCCUUGGUGGUGAUUUCACCGAAAACCAUGACCAUGCCGGUCUUGGUGGCAGUCUCACAAGCAACCUUGGAGAGGGGGUCCUCAGCCAAGCAGGCGUCGAGGAUAGCAUCGGAAACCUGA